AUGGUCUCGCCAAAGCCUGAAUCCUACCACGGAGCGCUCUACCACUUGGCAGCCGCAGCAGAGUCCUCUCCCUCGCCUCAGCACGCACACUACCAGGAUCCGCAACACUAUCAAGCAUAUCACCAUCAGCAUCACGAGCCGCCCCCUCCGCACCAUCACGCCCAGAACCGCCACUACCCUGCCAUACCUCCCAUGCAUCGCGCGGCGCAUUCCCAGGAACAGUAUCGAUACUCGGACAAUGGCUACUCCCCGCUGUCCGCAGCGGGCUCCUCCACUAGUUCGGCGCCCCACCAUGCCACCGCCUCUGCGCCAAGACAACAGCCCAUGUCGGGACCAUCCACCCAUGCUGAGCACCCUUCCUCCGUGAGACCUCCUCCCAAGCACCUCGAUGCUCCUCUGAAGAAUGGAUCUGCCGCGUCUGCUGCUGCGGCGGCUGCUGCUGAAGCCGCUGCUGCGGCCGCUGCCGCCGAAAAGAAGAUCUCUUGCAUGGAGUGCCGUCUCUCCAAGGUGAAAUGUUCCGGUGGAGACCUCUGCACCCGAUGCAAGCGUCUCGGCAAAGAAUGCUACUACAAGAGCCACAAGCGCGGCCGCAAGUCGGACAGCUCCAAGAUUCAGAAGCUCGAACGCACAGUCGAUUCUCUAAGCCGCGCGCUCGAGCAAUUCUCCCGCAACAAGGGAGCAGGCAGCCCUACGAGCGGACACACCCUCUCCAAGUCGGUUUCCGUCGACUCGAAGCGCAACGCUCGGUUGCACGCUCCAGAGGAGAACGACAACUCCUCUCCAGAUUCUUUCUGGAAGAGUGUAGAGGCGUCUCGUGCACCGGCCCCACCAUCCAACUCGGCCAUGUCGCCGCCGUCCCAGUCGCCUCGCGCUAAUGGUUCAGCUACGUACCGCGAUCAGAACAACGCCGUCCGCAGUCGACCGUCUGAUCUGCAUCGACAGCGAUCCGCCUCAUCUUCAUGGCAGACGCCCAAAAGCAUCGCAUCAGCUACGCCCACCUCGGAUGACCCAGACGAGCCCGAAAACCUUGGUUUGCCCACCCUCUCCAAUCCUCUCAAGCUGCUCGCCCACGCAAGUGACUCGGCUCGCGACGGCGAACCCGGCGCCGAAGUCUCUGAUCCUUCCUCAGCCUCUGAUCCACGAGCUUCCGAGGACAACGCAAGAUCGACCUCAGGCGGUCCGGCCAACCAUCACUCCGGCAGCGCCUUCAACGCCGAUGGCACAGUCAGCUCUCCGGGCGGUCAAGACCCUUCCUCUUCCGGUCAAAAGGGCGACACCAAGGAUCACAAUGGGAAAGCCACUCUGUUCGGCGUAUAUCAGGGCCUCAACAAGACCAACACCGUCACACGCUUUGGUCCGGGCCGUGGCAAAGCUUUCUUCGACGUGGGUCUCUUCUCCACCAAGCCAGACAAUCUUCCGCAAUUCGACCCUGUCGACCGUGGCUACCUCUCCCUUGCUGAAGCGGAGAGCCUCUACUCUGUCUACAUUCAGUACAUCAACCCGACCAUCACGCUGCUCGACCCGCACCUGCACACGUUCGACUACGUGCGCUCGUGCUCGUCGCUCCUGCUUAGCUGCACCUGCUGGAUCGCAGCUAAGUAUAAGGUGGAAGGCAGCCAGAUUGCAGACGACCUCGAGAUGCACAUCCGCUCCAACCUGCUGCCCACCAUCCUCAUGGAAGGCUUCCGGAAUGCGGAGAUCCCUCAGGCGCUCAUCAUCCUCGCCGCUUACCAUCCGCAGAUGAACACGCUCUCCGAGGACAAGGCCUGGACCUACCUUGGCUUUGCUAUCCGGAUCGCAUCCGAGCUCGACAUGAACAGCCGCAUCGCUGUCCGCCCGCCUAAUCGUCAGGACGAAGCUGGCCUCGCGCGACGACUGCGCAACCGAGAGCGAACCUGGCUCAACUUGUGGCUCUACGAGACCAGCAUGAGUCAGCAGAUGGGCAGGCGCCCGACAUUGGCAAACGACCCGGUGGUCCUGGGCUGCGCACACUGGCAUCUGGACCCCUUUGCCCUCGAACAGGACAAAGCGGUGGUGGCAGUGGUGCAGCUGCGCUUGCUUAUGAAACGCAACACGGAGCUGUUUGAGAACUUUGUCGAUAUCUCGACUUCGCCUCUGUCCGCGGAACGCACUGCGAAACACGUCGAGCUCUUCAGACGCAUCUGCGCGUCGGAUCUCGACGCGUGGCUUGCCACCUGGACUGCACCUUCGAACCAACAGCCCAAGCAACCGACGGAAUCUCUGCUACCGGACACAGAGACGGGCGGCUACCAAAGCAGCGCGAAUCGCGAGGCGGACGGCAACGGAGAACUGCCGCCCACACAUCCACGCACGAAUCGCCUCAAGCUGUAUUACUGGUACGCACGCCUUGCUCUCGAUGCUAUCGCGCUCAAAUGCAGCCAUCUCGGCCUCGACGUCCUGCGUCCGGUCUAUAGGGACGCCUACGCGUGCUGCAUGGCUUACCUCGGUCUCUUUGUCGCCACCAUGGUGCCCAACGGGCUUUUCUGGGGCCACAACUCGGCGGUCGUCACGCCAGCGUACUGCGCCAUCUUUGCGCUCAAGAUUGUUGGUCUCAUCUCGACGACUGCUGGAGCCGCAGGCGCGUCAGCGUUGACUCAGCGUGCAGAGAAGGUCAAGGAGGAGGAUUUAGGAAUCGACAUUGAUGCAGAGUACACGUUCGAGAUGGUCGAGAAGCUGGCCAAGGCGUGCGAGGAAGCGGGCAAUGCGACGCCGCACAGAAGAGCCGCUGCUGGAAGUUACGCCUUCUUCCUGUUCACCGUGUUGGCCAAGGCCAAGAGUGCAUGGAACGCAAAACUUGGGAUCAAAGACGGCAACGGCGAGGAGAGUAGGGCCAAGGGCAGAAAGAGGGACCGCGAAGGCAACGACGGGACUGGACGCCAGAGCAAGUCGGCAAGGAACGGCAAGUCAGCCAGCAGAGACCGUCAGCAGAAGGAGCGUGUCGAUCAGAACGGCGACACGACCCUGUCCGAUGCUGCUCCCGGUAGCGCGAAUGCCAAUGGCGACCAGGCAGAUCAGGGUAUUGCUGGUGCCGACGCUUCGGUGGAUGGAGACCACCUUACCGACCAGCAGGGUGGAGUCGGUGGUACCGAUUCGGACCACCACUUCCUGCGCCAGCUCAUGCAGUUCCAAGCGGGACCUUCUGGUGUUCAAACAGCGAUCGUCCACGACGCCUCGAACCAAGAGCCUCAUCACCUCUACGGCUUCCCGCAACAGCACCACUACGCCAACUUUGCCUCGAACCCAAUCUCGGCUUCGCACAUGGCCCCCAUGCCGUUCGAUGCCAACAUGUCUACCAUGGCCGCCUCCAACGCUGCUUCUGCCGCGUUCGGCGCUGCGACUGGCACCGCCGGCGUGGGCCCCGACGGUGCGACUGGCGAAGACGGCACCGGCGCCGCGGCGCAAGGAGUCGUGGACAUCGACUGGGAUUUCGGAAUGCUCGACGGCUUCCUCGGGGAAUCGCUGUUCAGCGAUAUGAGCUUCAUCUCGGCCAGCGCCACGCCUGCCAACAUGAACGGCGUCAACGGUGCAUAG